AUGCCACUCGAUUUCAAUUUGAUGUUUUUGCUGAAAGGAUUUGUGAAGACGAUGGAGAAAAUGGUGGGUCUUUUUAAAAACGAUUAAUUUUUGGCGGGAAAAAAAUUGAAUUUUAAAAUUUUGAAUUCUAAAUCAUGCAGCUAGAUCAAAAGCCUAAAAAGCCUAAGCCUAAGCCUAAUAAGCCUAAGCCUAAUAAGCCUAAGCCUAAUAAGCCUAAGCCUAAUAAGCCUAAGCCUAAUAAGCCUAAGCCUAAGCCUAAUAAGCCUAAGCCAAAAAAAUUGUUCCUAAAAUUCCCGGCUACCGUAUUCUUGAUCACAAUAUUUUUUUUUUGCAAAAAAAAUCUAAAACUACAUUUUUUGUCUCAAAAACAAUAAUUUUUUGUAGUUUUAAUCCAGGUGACUCAGGAUUACUGUUGGGCCCAAAAAUUUUGAAAACGUUGAAAAAAAAUUAUUUGAGUAGAUCAAAGAUCAAAAAAUUCAGAAGUCCAAAAAUCUAGUUCUGAAGAUGCCUGGGUUACUAGGUAGAUCAAAGUUUUCGCGCCAAAAUUUUAAAUUUAAAAAACGAAUGUUUUUUCUGGGUUACUGUAAGUAGAUCAAACUUUUCUUUGUUAACCCGAAUCAAAUUAAAAUACCGGUCCGUAAUUUCAAUUUUAAUUAUCAUUGACUUGAAAAAAUCAAGUUAGUCUAAGUUUUUUUGUUAGUUUUGUCUGUCAUCUCCCAAAUGUCCUUCCUUUUUUCAUUUUCUCGCGCUAUCUCUGCGUUUCUUCAAAUCACACACUCUCUCGCUCGCCUCUUUUGGACAUAUGUGUAGUUUCUUUCUAAUCACAUGGAAAAUUGUUGGACACAAAAUAAAUACUUGAUUUUUCAUUUGGUUAUUUUUUUUCGGCGAAAAUGUUUGGAGAACGAGUGAGUUUUACUAACUCGGGAAAUUUUGGGCUACUGUAGGCUAGGUAGAUCAAAAUUUUUGGCGCGAAAAAGUGAUUUAAAACAAUUGAGAAGGUCAAAUUUUGUGACGUCAGAAAAAAUUUUGUUUGAAAAUUUUCUGAAUUUGGGUUGUUUUUUGGUUACUGUAGGUACGAUAAGGAUUUUCGGCGCCGAAAAAAUUAAUUUGGAAUAUUUCGCAACAAUAAGAAUUCGUGGAAUGAUGUAGAUACUGUAGAUUACUGUAGAUCGAGUAUUUUAGAGUACUGUAAGUGAAUUAUUAAAGUACUGUAGGUAGAUCAGAAUUUUUGAGCGCGAAAAAAAUUGUUUUUAAAUUCUUAAAAUCUGAAAACGCUGUUUUUUUUUAUUUUUAAAUUUUUCCCGCCAAAAACCCCCAUUUCAAACUAAAAACAAUUUUUUAAAAACCUUUUUCAAUACAAAAAAAUCUACUGUUUCAAAAAUUUUACAAGUUUUUUUCAAAUAUUCUAGAAAUAUUCAAUGAUCAACCAAAUAUUUUUCACUGUUUCAAAAAUUUCUUAUAAUUUUGAAGAUCGAAGAAUUUUUCAAUCAACAAAACUACUAUUGUAUCAAAAAAAAUUUAAAGAAUUCUAGAAAUCUCCAAUUUCAAUGCGAAUUUUUUUCACUGUUUCAAAAAUUUCAUAAUUUUUUGAAGAUUGUAGAAUUUUUCGAUAACAAAAAAUGAUCCUUGUAUCAAAAAAAAAUUCUAAAAAUUCUAAAAAUCUCCAAUCUCAAUUCGAAUAUUUUUCACUGUUUCAAAAAUUUCAUAAUUUUUUUAAAGAUUGUAGAAUUUUCAAUAACAAAAAGCACACUUGCAUCAAAAAAAAAAGAAUUCUGUGCCCUAAAAAUCUCUCAAAGUUUGAAUGGUCCCCACGAAAAAUGCUCAAAAUUUCCAGCAUUAUCGAUUUUUCGCCAUCUCCUUGCUCAUUCACACUCUAAUUUAUGGCUUGGGUCAUUUGGCUUUCGAGCCAGCCGAGCUUUUCGAAGCCUACUUGGUGGAUUUGGCGUUGUUGGCAUUCUGUGUAUUCGGAACUGCGAGGAAAAUGCCAAUUUUGAUUUUGCCAAGUGUUAUUGUUAAGGUGAGGGAUUUAGAGGAACUUGUGGGCCUUUUUUUGAUGAUGACGUGGAUUUUUAGUUAAAGGAACUCUUGGGGAUACGUAGAUUUGUUUUUGGUGAUAUUUGUGAAUUUUUUAGUUUUGCAUUGGGAAUAAAAUUGUUUUUUCUCAUCAAAAAAUUAAGUUUUCAUGAGAAUUUGAAAUCAAAAAGAUUUUUGAACCUUGAACUUUUCAAAAUGUUUUUUUCUCAAGUUUUCUGGCGCCAGAAACAUGAAUUUUUGAUUUUUUUUGCAGCUUUGAAAUUGUGGGGAAAAACAUCUGAAAAUCUACUGUUUCAAAAAUUUGUCCUUUUUCAUGUGAAAAAAUUCACUGUUUCAAAAAUUUUAUAUUUUAAUUUCAAAAAUUAAAAAAAUACUGUUGCUGCCACAUUCUGGUGUUUUGAAAAAAAUCCCUUCUAUUAUUUUUUGGCCGAAAAUUAAUUGAAAAAUUUUUUACUGUUUCAAAAAUUUGAUAUAAUUUUCAAGGUUGUAGAAUUUUCCAAUCAACUUGACCCUUUCUAUUUGUGAGCAAGAUAAAUUUCAAUCAAAAAUUUUCCCUUUCAAAAAUUCACUGUUUCAAAAAUUUGAUAUAAUUUUUAGGAUUGUGAAAAUAUUCAAUUUGAUUGAAAUUUUCAGUUUUCGGUUCCAAGAAUUAUUUUUACUGUUUCAAAAAAUGCAAUAAUUUUAUUUGAGUCUAAAACUUUUCAAUUUUUCAAGUGAAAAUGAGAAUUUCAAACACUUUAACCAAAAAUUUCUUCAUUAAAAAUUCACUGUUUCAAAAAUUUGAUAUAGUUUUCAACAAUUUUUUAAUUUUUUUAAUUGACAUUCUAUGUAUCUCUCAAAAAAAAUAAUUUUUCACUAUCAAUUUCUCAAAAUUAUUUUCACUGUUUCAAAAUUUUGACAUAUUUUUCUUAACAGUAAGGAAAGUGCUAACCAGUCCGUAAUAAGGUUUGAAUAAAAACUUUUUUUCAAUUUUUAUUUCAAAUUUGUCAAAUUAUCAAGUGAAAAAUGGAUUAAUUCAAAAAUUCACUGUUUCAAAAAUUUGAUAUAUUUUUCAAAGUUGUAAAAUUAUUCAAUUAGUCGUGUUGUCUUGAAAUUUUGUGAAAGGAAAUUUAGGAAUUUUCGGUUCCAGAAUUUUUCACUGUUUCAAAAAAUUCAUAAAUUUUCACGAGUAAAUCUAGUUUUUUAAUUCCAUAAAACUUUGCAAAUAUAAAAACGCUGAAAAAUUGACCUAACAUUUUUUUCUAAUCGUGUUUAGACUCAUUUUAAAGCUCAAAAAAUCUUCAUUCAAGAUAAAACAACACCAAAAGGAACUCUCAAAAAUCUCAAAACCCCCACAUUUUUCAUUUUUCGCUUAUUCUCACAAAGCAAAAAUUGUCGAUAAGGUCGAUGCAUAAAAAUCAUCGAAAUCGUCUGAAAACUUCCAUGCAUACAAAAAAUCAACACUCCAAAAUUAUUCAAUUUCUGAUUAUAAACCUCGAAAAAAUACGCAUAAGCUAAAUAUGAAACCGGAAAAAAUAGGCCGAUUGCUGGAAUUGUGAUUUGCAAACAUGUUGAGAUAAAUACUUUUUUCUGCAAUUUUCUCGUCGCUGGACUUAGGCUAAUAUCAUAUUUGAAAUAUAAAUGAUAAUAAGUUUGACCGGAGAAAUAUAGAACUUGAAUUAUUAUAAUAGUAAUAUAUCCAGCUCCAAGUAAUGUUAUCUGAAGUGGAUUUAGCGCAACUACAAGAAUAUCUUGCGAAUAAAUUGUUGAAGUCCAUAAUAAACACGGCAAAAAUCGCUCAAAAAUGAGAGACUUUGCUGAACUCUGCUCUGGGAUCAUUGAGAAAAAUAUUGUUAGUAAUAUCAGGGAUACCAGGCAAUUUGUGAGAUAAGUUAAGAUUUGAAUGAUUUUUGAGGAUUUCGCGGAUUUCCGGGAAAUUUGGAAAUACCGAUUUUGCAUUAGAGAGGGAAUACAACAGACGGCUGUUAGGAGAAUGUAGUAGGCGAUGAUGGUUUGGUGAAGAAUUGAAAUUUUGAAGUGGGUUAGAAGGCCUGGAAUUGAAUUUUGUAUCAAAAUGCUCUAAAAAUGAGCUGCAGAGCUCAAGGGGGAGCUGAGAAAAUGAUAAAAUGGUGCAGGUGGUUAAUGCUUAGAUUUCUAAUUUAGAGGUGGCGAGUUCGAUUCCUGCUCGCUGCGAGGAUUUUUGUAAAAAAAAAGAAGUUCGCAGCGAGUGGGAAUCGAACCCGAGACCUCUAAAUUAGAGAUGUAGGCACUAACCGCCUGCGCCACUGGGUAUGCUUGACACAAAACUUUUUUGUACUUCUCUCGGAGGAUUUUUAACUAGACAAUGAAAAUGUUCUUCUUGUGUAGUUCUCUCGCACAAAAAAACCUAAAUUUGGCGCCAAAUUUGAAUUUUUGAAUUUUCAAAAAUAAUUGAGAACUUGUGUAAUUCUUUUGGACAAAAUUUUGGCGCGAAAUUUUAAUUUUCAAAUUUUUAAAACAAAAAUUGAGAAUCUGUGUAAUUCUUUUGGACAAAAUUUUUGGCGCCAAAUUUGAAUUUUUGAAUUUUCAAAAAAUAAUUGAGAACUUGUGUAAUUCUUUUGGACAAAAUUUUGGCGCCAAAUUUGAAUUUUUGAAUUUUCAAAAAUAAUUGAGAACUUGUGUAAUUCUUUUGGACAACAUUUUGGCGCGAAAUUUAAAUUUUCAAAUUUUUAAAACAAAAAUUGAGAAUCUGUGUAAUUCUUUCGGACAACUUUUUGGCGCCAAAUUUGAAUUUUUAAAUUUUCAAAAAAAAAUGAGAAUCUGUGUAAUUCUUUUGGACAGAAUUUUUGCGCAAAAUUUGAAUUUUGAGCAGAAAAUUUGAAAAUUAGAAAAAACUGGGCCCAAGCCUGAGCCCGAGCGCUUUGCGCGAGUGUAAGCCACAAGCUUCCGCAAAGCGACCAGGCCUAAGCCUGAAGCCCCGAAGUUCAGGCUCAAGCCUAGAAGCCUUCCCCCUCCCCCUCCCAAGCCCAAAAAACUCUUACCAAGUGAAAAUCCGGCCGGAGCUGGUGCCAACAAAAACGGUAUCGAUAGCACUGUCAAAUCAAAAUCCAGUGCAAAAUUACAAAAACACGACAAAAUCAUGAUAGGUUUCAUGGUUUUCAGACGAAUUGGUGUCAAAAAAAUGACACAAUAAAAUCCGAAAAAAUGAACGGGAAUUGAGAAAAUUGCGAUGAAAUGCAUGAGAGAUGUGAGGAAUUCUGGAGAAUCCAAAUAGCUUUUUUGAUCUGCGCUCAAUGAGCAAGAACUCAUCAUAUGACAAUGAAAAUGAAAAUGAAAAUGAGCAGCAGGUUUUUUUGAGCUAGAGAGAAAUUGGCUAUAGGGAAAAAAAAAGGAAAUUAGCUGUUUUCACGUAGAUAAUUAGAAAUAACAUAGAUAGAUAGACAACAAAGUUUUGAUCUAGAGAAAAACAAUUUUUUGAUCUUUAAAUUCAUUAAUUAAGAGUUCUCUGAAACUAAAACUAGAUAUUCUGUGAAUCAAAUUAAUUCUGAAAACUCACAAAAAAAAAUCUAAUAUUUUUGAAACAGUAACAUUUUUCAAAAAAAAAAUAUUUUUUAAUUCUCACAAAAUUUCACUGUUUCAAAAAAUUCAAAUAAUUUCUUUGAAAAUAUUCAAUUUUGAUAGAAUAAGGCAAUUUACGAAAAAUAUAGCUAUGACGUGGCAAAUUUGGAGUACUGUAAUUAUUUUCAGAGAUCUAAAAAAAAUUCUAAUAUUUUUGAAACAGUGAAAUUUUUCAAAUAUUACUUUCCUGAAAUUUAUCGUUAUGAGUUUUUUUUUCGAAAAAAUUGGAACUUUUUUGUUACAAAACUUCACUGUUUCAAAAAAAUUCAGAUAUUUUUUUUGAUAAUAUUUAAUUCUAUUCCAUUGGCCAAAUUAACUGAUAAAUUUGUUUUCUAUAAUUACAAUAAUUCGCUAAUACUAUAGUUAUGACGUGGCAAAUUUGGAGUACGGUAAUUAUUUUCAGAGAUCCAAAAAAAUUCUAAUUUUUUUUGAAACAGUAAUUUUUCAAGUGUUAUUUUUUAAAAAAUUAAUCAUUAUAAUUUUUUUUUCGAAAAAAAAUUGGAACUUUUUUGUUACAAUAUUUCACUGUUUCAAGAAAUUCUGAUAAUUUCUUUGAAAAUAUUAAAAUUUGAUUAACAUGUGUUACUUUUCAAAACAUAAUUCCUGGGAUAAUUAUUCCAGAAUUCCCUAUUUAUUCGAAAUAUAGUUAUGACGUGGCGAAAUUGGAGUACUGUAAUUAUUUUCAGAAAUCUAAAAAAAAAUCUAAUUUUUUUGAAACAGUGAUUUUUCAAAUAUUAUUUUCCAGAAAUUCAAAAUUGAGAUGAAAAAAAUUCAGAAAAAUUCACUGUUUCAAAAAAUUCAGAUAUUUUUUCUGAAAAUAUUUAAUUUUGAUUUAACUAGCAUUCACAAAAUAACGGAUAAUUUUAUUUUUAAAAGUAACUUCGACAAUAAUUCGCCAAAAAUAUAGUUAUGACGUGGCAGAAUUGCUGUAAUUAUUUUCAGAGAUCCAGUUUUUGAAACAGUAAAAAAUUUCAAAUAUUACUUUUGUAGAAAUUUAUCGCUAUGAAUUUUUUUUUCGAAAAAUUUUCGAUAUUUUUUAUUACAAAACUUUACUUUUUCAAAAAAUUCGGAUAAUUUCUUUGAAAAUAUUCAAUUUUGAUUGAAUUAGGCAAUUUUUGAAAAAUUAUCGCUAUGAAUUUUUUUUCGAAAAUUGUUAGAAAUUUUUUUUUACAAAACUUCACUGUUUCAAGAAAUUCGGAUAUUUUUUUGAAAAUAUUCGAUUUUGAUUAGCAUGUGUUAUUUUUGAAAAAAUCAUUCCUGGGAUAUUUAUUCGAGAAUUCUCAAUUCAUUCGAAAUAUAGCUAUGACGUGGCAAAAUUGGAGUACUGUAAUUAUUUUCAGAGAUCUAAAAAAAUUCGAAUAUUUUUGAAACAGUUAAAUUUUUGAAAUAUUACUUUCCAGAAAUUUUUCUUUAUGAGUUUUUUUUUCAAAAAAAUAUUACAAAAUUUUUUGUUACAAAACUUCACUGUUUCAGAAAAUUCGGAUAAUUUUUUUUGAAUAAAUUCAAUUUUGAUUGACUUAGCCAAGUCGUGAGAAAUAUAGCUAUGACGUGGCAAAAUUGGAGUACUGUAAUUAUUUUCAGAGAUCCAAAAAAAUUCUAAUUUUUUUUGAAACAGUGAAAUUUUUCAAAUAUUACUUUCCAGAAAUUUAAAAUUGAGAUGAAAAAAAUUCAGAAAAAUUCACUGUUUCAAGAAAUUCAGAUAUUUUUUUUGAAAAUAUUCAAUUUUGAUGGGUUCGGCCUCGAUAAAUAAUACAAAAAGUUAUGUUUUGAUUCUGGGAAAUUUGAGAAAUCCUAAUUUUUUCCUCUCCCAAAAAAUACAAAAAAAAAUAUUUUCCAGACCUUCCUAGUCGCCGUUGCUGUAAUCGUCUCAAUGAUGUGUUUAUCCAACAUGAACAUUGAUGAAAAAACGCGCGAAGAUCGAAUGAAAUUCCGAAGACAACGAAAUUAUCCGGAAGUCAUCAAUAUUCUUCUGGAAGAUCAUCCAUCAGUUUGUAUUUGGAUUUAUUUGGUGAUGACUUUGGUGGUUUUGGAUUUGAGCAACGCUUUUAAAGCUUUGUAUGGAUCUUGUGAUUGUUUGAACCGGAAAAAGGAGGAGAUUGAGGUGGGAUUUUGGAAUUUUUAAAUUUUACUUUACCAUCAAAAAUUGAACAUUUUCCUGUGAAAAGUUUUCAUUUUGAAUUUGAAUCUCAAUUUUGUUCUGAAAAUAUUGGAUAAAUAUUUUUUUGAAAUUCUGAAAUAUUUUUCAAAAUUCUGAAAUAUUAAAAUUGAAUUUUCUUAAUUUGAAAAUUCCACAUGGCUCUAGAUUUUUCAGCAACUGAAAAUUUGAAUUCUGAAAUUCCACGUGGCACAAAUUUUCAGUUUUGAAAUUAUGAAUUUUUGGAUUCUGAAAAUCCACGUGGCACAUUUUCAGUUUCCUCGCCAAAAAUCCCCCAGAACUUAGCCUAACUCAAUCAACUUUUCAUUUCCAGAAACCUCCCAGCUACUCAAAAUGCGUCUCAAAAUCCCAACCUCCACCAACCUACUCCGAAGCCAUUCGCCUUCAGAAUCUCAACAAAAACCUGUCAUCAGAUCCAAAUUUUCACGUGGUAUAA